AUGACACGCCAAACUAUCACUCCUCUAUUGCGGGCCACCCUGGCCCCCGACACGACGAAGGGCUACAACGGAACAAAACAUGAGACGAAGAUCUUGCCCGCGGGCUGGAAGCUGACCGACACUCAUGCGCCGUUCCAGGUGGAAACCAUUUGGGAGAGAAAUGUCCGUGUGCAGAUGAGAGACGGUUGCCACAUCUACAUGGACAUUUUCAGGCCCCGUAACUCUGCGGAAGACAAGGUCCCGGCGUUGCUGUCCUGGAGUCCGUAUGGGAGAUCCUCGGGCCAUGCCGGUGGCUUUGAUCCACUGGACAUGAUCCCGGGUCGGGUGGGGGUUCCUCACGAUCGUGUGUCGGGCUUGGAGAAGUUCGAGGCUCCUGAUCCCGCCGAAUGGACGGCGAGAGGAUAUGCAAUUGUGAAUCCCGAUUCUCGGGGAAUUUGUGACUCCGAGGGCAUUACUCAGCAUUUCGGUGACAUUGAGGCCAACGAUGGACACGAUACGAUUGAAUAUGUGGCAGGCCUCCCAUGGUGUAAUGGCAAGGUGGCCUUGGUCGGCAAUUCCUGGUUAGGCAUUGUGCAAUGGUUUAUUGCUGCCACGCAGCCACCGCAUUUGAGCUGCAUUGCCCCCCUCGAGGCGCGGGAGAUUUGUACCGGGACAUCCUCUGUCGAGGUGUCAUCUGCAUCAUCAGCCUGGAGGUGGUCAGAACUCAUAUCUUUUAUAGGCAGGAACCAGCAGGAGGAUGUGAUUGGCAUGUUGCAGAAGUAUCCUCUGAUGAACGAAUACUGGGCAGGCAAAAGAGCCGCGAUGGAGAAGAUCACGGUCCCUGCUUAUGUUCUGGCCAGCUAUUCCACCUUCCUUCAUACAUUCGGCUCAUUCCGUGGAUUUACUGAAAUCCCGCAUGCCAACAAAUGGCUGCGAGUGCAUGCGACCCAGGAGUGGCAUGAUCUCUACCAAACCUCCACCAACGACGAGCUGCAAAGGUUUUUCGACUUCUACACCAAGGGCAUUCGCAACGGGUGGGAGGAAACCCCAAAGGCGAGGGUGUCUCUGCUGCGAUACAACAAGGAACCUUUGAUCAAUCUGCCCUUCCCUAAUUGGCCCAUCCCGAGCACCACGGCUCAAAGGCUGUACCUCCACAAGGAGAAUGUCUUAUCUGAAGAGCUGGCGCCCUCCGCUACCACGCUAUCGUACAUUUCCGACGUCCCAUUCCAGCAGGUGGAUGCGGAUUCGGAAGAGCUCUCGUUUGUUCAUACCUUCGAGAAACCAUGUGCCCUCGUUGGAUCAGCACGGGCCCUGCUGUACAUGUCCUGCGAACAGGGAGCCGAUAUGGAUGUCUUCGUUCAAAUCCGCAAGGCAGACUCCACCGGCAAGGUCCUGCGGAGCAUCAACAUCCCCGCCGACGCCCGGAAGAUCUGCAAAAUGCCCGAGCCGGUUGAGCUGAUCAAUCCACUGGUGCAUUUAGGCCCAACAGGGUGCCUCCGGGCGAGUCACCGUGCCCUCGACGAGGGCCUGAGCAAUGAGUGGUGGCCCGAACAUGAUUACUCUUCGCGGCAGCCGAUUUCCCCUGGCGAAAUUGUCGAAUUGGACAUCGGCCUGUGGCAGACGGGUAUAUACUUUGACCCGGGCGAGAAGCUGAUUCUGAAGGUAGCGGGUCAUAAUAUGACGCUCGCCGAAUUUCCCGAAUUGCGUGGAGCUAUGCAGAACUUUAACCACGGUAAACACUUUCUGCAUGUCGGCGGACCUCAUGCGAGUCGAUUGACCAUUCCGACUGUCCCUUCGGUCUGUGAUGCAUGA